CUAACCCCUAACCCCUAACCCCUAACCCCGUGACCCCGUGUUCGGCGGUUCGGAACUUCGGAUCGGCCUCCCCUUCCACUCUUGCGGUCGUUGAGCUCGGCUGUCCUUUUUUCUCUCAAAAUCGCGCCGCGCCUGUCUUCGGCAGUUUUAGGCCUUCCCUUCCCCUCUCGAAAGCCGGCCGGCUCUCAUUCUUCUCUCAAAAUCGCGAAACUCUCUCUCUCGUCGAGAGCUUAGGGUUGGUUGUUUGUGGGCCUUCGCUAAAAAGAGAGCCGAGUGGUAAAAAAAUAAGAUUUUUUAUGCUGGUUCUUGAUUACCUACAACAGGUAGACCGGUAGCAGCGGCGGGGAUGAUUUUAAGUAAAGAGCUGCGGGGAGGUUGAUUGGCGUCAACAUCUCGGAGGAUCUAUGGGCGGUUUUAGGUUUCAUCAGUACCAAGUGGUUGGCCGUGCCCUUCCGACGCCAAGCGAUGAACAUCCAAAGAUUUAUCGCAUGAAGCUAUGGGCUACUAAUGAAGUUAGGGCUAAAUCCAAGUUCUGGUAUUUCUUGAGAAAAUUGAAGAAAGUGAAGAAAAGCAACGGCCAAGUUCUGGCUAUUAACGAGAUAUUUGAAAAAUAUCCAACCAAAAUCAAGAACUACGGCAUUUGGCUCCGCUACCAGAGCAGACCCGGCUACCACAAUAUGUACAAGGAGUACCGGGACACGACGUUGAACGGCGCCGUCGAGCAAAUGUACAACGAGAUGGCGUCCCGCCAUCGGGUUCGUUUCCCGUGCAUUCAGAUUAUAAAGACUGCGACUAUUCCCUCGAAGCUCUGCAAGCGCGAGAGCACGAAGCAGUUCCAUGACUCGAAGAUUAAGUUCCCCCUUGUGUUCAAGAAGGUGAGGCCGCCAUCCAGGAAACUCAAGACUACCUUUAAGGCUUGCAGGCCCAAUCUCUUCAUGUAGAGAAGGCUGGGCUGGCCGGUUUCUUUGCAUGAAGUUUACUGAUGGGUUAUGUUUUGAGUUUUAGUUUUUGUUGGAUUUUGGUAAUUUUGUGAUCCCAAACUUUUUGCAAUUUUAUAUGUUGUUGUUUUUGAGUCACUUUGCUGUAGUUUGAAUGUUUGCUGUUGGUACUUUUGAUAUGGACUAUUCACAGCUUCUUUUGCA